AUGACGUCGAGAUUGGCCGCUGCUCGCUAUGGCAAGGACAAUGUCCGCGUCUGCAAGGUGCAUCGCAACGAGAAGACGGGCGUCCACACCGUCGUCGAGAUGACAGUAUGCGUCUUACUCGAGGGGGAUAUUGAGACAUCCUACACCAAAGCCGACAACAGCGUCGUCGUCGCUACAGACUCCAUGAAAAACACUAUCUACAUCAUGGCCAAGCUACACCCAGUCACCCCGCCUGAGCUCUUUGCGUCCAUCCUCGGCUCCCACUUCACAACCACAUACCCGCACAUCCACACCGCACACGUCGACAUCACUGCCAUCCGCUGGACCCGCAUGACCAUCGACGGUAAACCGCAUCCACACUCCUUUUUCCGCGACGGCACAGAUACCCGCAACGUCUCCGCCACCGUCACCGAUGGCACCACCACCAAACACGGCACACCAACCAUAAAACUCACCUCCUCCAUCGCCGCCCUCUCCGUCCUCAAAAGUACAAACUCCCAAUUCCACAACUUCAUCCGCGACGAGUACACCACCCUGCCCGAAACCUGGGACCGGAUCCUCAGCACAGACGUCGACGCAAGCUGGACCUGGCAGCCCUUCGCCUCCGUGGACGCCGUGAAGCGCGCCGCGCCGCAAUUCGACGAAACCUGGCGCGCCGUCCGGGACAUCACGAUGCGGACCUUUGCGCACGAUAAUAGCGCCAGCGUGCAGAAUUCCAUGUACAAGAUGGCGGAGCAGAUCUUGGCCGUGCAGCCGUUGCUGGAGACGGUGGAGUAUGCGUUGCCGAAUAAGCAUUAUUUUGAGAUUGAUCUGAGCUGGCACAAGGGCCUGAAGAACACGGGUAAAGAUGCGGAGGUCUACGCACCGCAGUCGGGGCCGAACGGUCUUAUCAAAUGCACUGUGGGUCGGCCCGGAGUGGACGGUCGGGAAACACCGAAGUUAUAG